AGACGCGGAGUUGUGCCAGGAGGAUGCAUUCUCUGCACCGAGAGGAGUGAGGGAGCUACGGCAGUGUGGAUGGAAGUCCUUAACAACAGUAUAUAUAUUCGUAUAAAUAUUUUGUUUGUUUGUUUGGUGAACCUGACACAUUCAGUCGAUCAAUCCUCGCAGUUUAUUUAAACAAUUGCGUAAUAAAAACAAAUCAAUAAACAGUUCGUUGUUUGGGGUUUUGCACUUAGUGUCUAAUGCUAGAGGGCGGUGGCAUUUCGCCGUGCAUUAGCCAGCUCGACAUCUGUCACAACAUCACUGAGUGUCAUCGGAAAAGUCCUGGGACCAACUGAACCGGCUUUUUGCCUCCCCUCCCCAUUUUCGUGUUCCCCCAAACCCUUUUUAAGACUGCUCAAAGCGGAGUUUGGAACUAACCCAUUUAGCUACGAGUGUGCACUCGUUACAGCGGUACUUGGCAUUUCCAAGCGGAUUUUCACUCUUCAGGGAGUGCGGUUCUUCGGAUCAUGUGGAAAAGGGACCCGAUUCUGAACGGUGGAAUGAGAUUCACGGGAUACUUAUCGCAGAUGUACACGGUACCGGGAUUUCUCCUGUUUGUCAUGAUCCACCUCGGAGCCGCGCAAGUGGACGAGGACUUCCUGGGGUUGGGUGGGCUUCCAGAAACGUUCCCGUCGGACCCCCCCGAGCCCCUCCCCCACUUCCUGGCCGAGCCCGAGGAGGCCUACAUCGUGAAGAACCGGCCCGUCAGCCUCUACUGCCGGGCCACGCCCGCCACGCAGAUCUACUUCAAGUGCAACAGCGAGUGGGUCCACCAGAGGGAGCACACCGUGGAGGAGCGCGUGGACGAGACCUCCGGUCUGGUGGUGCGGGAGGCCAGCAUUGAGAUUUCUCGGCAGCAGGUGGAGGAGCUCUUUGGUCUGGAGGAUUUCUGGUGCCAGUGCGUGGCGUGGAGCUCGGCCGGGACCACCAAGAGCCGCCGCGCCCACGUGCGCAUCGCGUAUCUCAAGAAACCGUUUGACCAGGAGCCACUGGGGAAGGAAGUCUCUCUGGAACAGGAAGUUCUUCUGCAGUGCCGGCCCCCUGACGGAAUACCUGCUGCUGAGGUGGAGUGGCUGAAGAACGAGGAGAUCAUCGACCCGGCUGACGACCGGAACUUCUACAUCACCAUCGACCACAACCUGAUCAUCAAGCAGGCGCGCCUGUCCGACACGGCCAACUACACCUGCGUCGCCAAGAACAUCGUCGCUAAGCGCAGGAGCACUACGGCAACCGUCAUCGUCUACGUGAACGGCGGUUGGUCGACGUGGACGGAGUGGUCGGUCUGCAGCAGCCGUUGCGGUCGGGGGUUCCAGAAGAGGACCCGGAGCUGCACCAACCCCGCACCCCUCAACGGGGGCUCCAUCUGUGAGGGGCAGAACCUCCAAAAGCUGGCCUGCACCUCCUUGUGUCCGGUGGACGGUCUUUGGACAGACUGGACUAAGUGGGCGACCUGUGGCACAGAGUGUACCCACUGGAGGAGGAGAGAGUGCAGCGCUCCGGCACCCAAAAACGGGGGAAAGGACUGCGAAGGGGCGGUGCUCCAGUCCCAGAACUGCACCGACGGGCUGUGUAUGCAGAGUUCAGUAUCUCAGAUGUCUCCUGAGCGUAAGCCACAGAGUGAUUUUGGAUUUCCAUCGGCGCCCGGCUCGGACGACGUGGUGCUGUACGUGGGCGUGGUCAUCGCCGUCAUCAUGUGCCUGGUGAUCUCCGCCAUCGUGGCGCUGUUCGUCUACCGCAAGAGCCACCGCCACUUCCACUCCGACGUGGACUCGUCCGCCCUCAACGGCGGCUUCCAGCCCGUCAGCAUCAAGACCGCCAGGACGGCAGACCUCCUGGCGACCUCGCCCGACCUGACGUCGGCGGCGGCCGUGUACCGCGGGCCCGUCUACGCCCUGCACGACGUCUCCGACAAGAUCCCCAUGACCACCUCGCCCCUGCUGGACCCCCUGCCCAACCUGAAGAUCAAGGUGUACACCUCGCCCCAGGAGGAGCCCUGCGAGCCCAGGGUCACGCACUCCCUGCUGGACGGAGACCCCGGGGGCCCUCGCUGCCAGAGCCUGGCCCGCGCCCGCGACCCCUCCUGCACCGCCUUCGGCUCCUUCAACUCGCUGGGGGGGCACCUCAUCGUGCCCAACUCAGGCGUGAGCUUGCUGGUGCCGGCUGGAGCCGUUCCUCAGGGCCGCGUGUACGAGAUGUACGUCACGCUGCACAGGAAGGACAGCAUGAGACCGCCGGUGGAGGAUGUUCAGACGGUGCUGAGCCCCGUGGUGAGCUGUGGCCCCCCAGGGGCCCUUCUGAACCGGCCCGUUAUCAUCACCAUGCACCACUGCGCCCAGGCCCACGCCCCGGCCCACGCCCAGGACUGGCACAUCCAGCUCAGGAGCCAAUCAGAGCAGGGCCAGUGGGAGGACGUGGUGGUGGUGGGGGCGGAGAACUUCACCACGCCCUGCUACAUCCAGAUGGGCGCGGAGGCGUGCCACAUCCUGACGGAGACGCUGGGGACCUACUGCCUGGUGGGCCAGUCAGUCAGCAGCGCCGCCACCAAGAGACUGAAGCUCGCCAUCUUCGGCCCGGCCGCGUGCGCCUCCCCGGAGUACCACGUGCGCGUCUACUGCCUGGACGACACGCAGGACGCCCUCAAGGAGGUCCUGCAGAUGGAGAAGCAGAUGGGGGGGAAGCUGCUGGAUGAACCGAAGACGCUGAGCUUCAAGGACAGCAGCCACAACCUGCGGCUGUCCGUGCACGACGUUCCCCACGCCCUGUGGAGGAACAGGCUGCUCGCCAAGUACCAGGAGAUCCCGUUCUACCUGGUGUGGAGCGGCUCCCAGCGUUCCCUGCACUGCACCUUCACUCUGGAGCGCUUCGCCAUGACGACCACAGAGCUCACCUGCAAGCUGUGUGUGCGGCAGGUGGAGGGGGAGGGGCAGAUAUUCCAGCUCAACAGCACUCUGUGUGAGGACAUCCAGAGCAUAGACACGUCUCUGCUGGAUCCGGCCAGCAGCAUCACCACCCUGGUGGGGCCCGGGGCCUUCCGCAUCCCCCUGUCCAUCCGCCACAAGCUCUGCAGCAGCCUGGACGCCCCCCAGACCCGGGGCAACGACUGGAGGAUGCUGGCACACAAACUCAGCCUGGACAGGUACCUGAACUACUUUGCCACAAAGUCCAGCCCGACGGGGGUGAUCCUGGACCUGUGGGAGGCCCAGCACUUCCCCGACGGGGGCCUGGCCCGCCUGGCCGCGGUGCUGGAGGAGAUGGGUCGGCAGGAGGCCUUCGUUCCCAUGGCAACGGAGCACUGACGCCAAGAGGAGCCCGGCGACGAGAGACGACCGACCGACCGGCGUCCCCCGGGCGACGCCCAGGGAGCUCCCGCAGAUCCAGUCCUCCGGCGAUGUAAACAGGUCAAAAAACCCAGCGUGAACAUCCUUUCUUGGAAGAGAAACUAAUUAUGUUUUUCACUACAAUGAAAAUGCGACAAGACAAAAAAAAAAGGCGAAGAAAAAAUAGUAUUUUGUUUGUUUGUUUUUUAAAAAUAAAUGAUGGUGUGUAUGAAAUGGAACCAGAUGUUUCUUAGCUGUACGCGCUCAGUACAGUUUUUCCUGUCGACAGUUUCCUAGGAAACGCUUUAUUCUGCUGUCCAUGUAUGUGGAUGAUAUCGUGCUCCAGACGCGGCGUGAAUCACGGAAAACCAGGAGAAACAUUCCCGCCCGCCGCGACAUUCCCACCGGCCUGCUCCGAAAAUGAUCCAUCACGCGCGUUUCAUUUAUAUCCACACGCUCAAGUACUCCUCUCAUUGCAAAAGGAAAUAGCAGGCGGUUGACAAACCAACGUAAUGUGUGUUAGUAAGGGGAUGGACCUUCACAAGCCAUCAGACCAGCUUCGCCAUCCCCAGGUUCCACAAGUCUCCGGAACGCCACUGGAGGGACGGAAGGCCGUUCUUCCGGGCGAUAUUCCCUCGUUUGAGGUUUCGAUGAUGGCGGUGGGGAGCGCUGUUUAAGAGGCGUUCAGUUGGGUUGAGACCUGGUUGAGUCUUGUUAAGGCCCAGAGCAUUUGAUUCAUCGUUUAAACACGUAUCCAACCACUCAGUGACCAUCCCCUAAUCCGCAGUGGAUGGGGGCGUGGAAGAGACCACUCCCAGCAGGAUAGAGAUGUUUCAUCAUGGGCUGCGGUGGCGCAACAGGCUAAGACGCAGCAGACUUGCGGUUGCAGUUUGCUGCAGUUGUACAUCGGG